AUGUCAAGCAUCAAUAGCGAUGGUAAAUCUGGCAGCAGAAGACGCAGCCUAUUCAACCUCAGCCCGCUCACACCUCUCACCGGCAAUGGCAAGGAUCCCCCGAAGACACUGAAGAGACGGCGGCAGACAGCAUUGUUUGGCACAACAGAUUCUAGCGGAGAAAGCGCCGCCCUCGCAGAGCUCGAAGAGUCGCCAAUCUCACCCACAACCACAAGACCGCAACUCCCGCGCAUAGGGGGCAGCAUGGCAAGCAACUCCAAGUUCGGGUCAUGGAGAUCCAAGUUCUCGUCCGACGAGAUAUAUGAAGAGCCACAGAGCACCGUCUCAAGCAGGCCACCGUCAGUCAACUGGGGCGAAUUCGGCGAGGCGGGGUUGCGGUCUCGAAACGUCCUCAAACAUGGAGAGGUUCAAACAAGUGGUUCACUGUUCAGGAAAAAGAAAGAAUACCUCGUUCUCACCGAGACGCACCUCAUCCGCUUUAAGAGCCAGGCCAAAGCUUCCAAAACGUUCACCGUUAUUCUCCCGGUUCCCGGCCGAGCCAGCAACACGCGACACAACACGGCACCUUCAACAGGAUCCUCUCAUGAGUUCGGCUCAGCUCCUUCGGACAACUCUGGCGACCGAGAUGGUAGUACACCCUUGAGGCAGCUAGUGGCAGUGUACAAGGUCGAGGACGGGCGGCCAUAUUUCGCGGUCGAGAUUGCGUACCUAGACGACGAAUCGAACCAUGCUUCGUCGCUCAAUCUCCAACUGGGCGAUCCUGACGAAAGGGAUGUUUGGCUCGCAGCCAUUCGUACCGCCGCCAACAAUGUUCGCCUGGUCGAUGUCAAUCCAAUCUCGGAGUACAACAGCACGCUAGCCGCUAGGGUGGUUGACCGUGAGAAGGAUUACGUGCCGGAGAACUACAUGAUCUACAAGGUAAUUCAACGGGCCUCUAAACAGCACAAUCGCUCGUCCUCCGAUGACUUGGCCAAGAUAGCAUCCUCGGUCUGCUUCCUCGCUAUCGGAGUAAACAAGGUGCAUCUCAUUCCUUUAUUCAGAUCUGCUAGAACCGGCUCCACCCCGUCACUCGGAACGUACAACAUGCAGGCGUCUUACGGUAUCAUGACGCUCACUGAAUUGCGGCUCAGCGAUAACGACGAUACGUUUGAGUUGACCUUCAGAAUGCCUCGUAAGCCCGCAAAGGUCCUUCAUCUGGCAUCCCUCGCCAGCAAAGAUAUCGCUUUGCGGCUACGGCAGAUUGACGAGCGUUUACGGCGCGAGUGGGAGUCUCGGCCGUACCACUUUCUCGUUCCAGACGAUGUCAAACGGGAGAUUCUCCGGAACUCUGACUCACAGCCUAUUGAUCUCGAUUCAUUCGACGACUUGCUCUCAGCGUACUGUGUUGCAUACGACUGCGAUCCGAGGAAUAUUCGUUACCAGAUCGUGCCUGUAGCAGAAGACUCUCCGUGCUUUCAGCUGCAAGGGCCCGUAGACCCUCGUCAGCAGGCAUACACAGCCCAUGAGUUGCUAGCCAUCAUGCGAGCUCUCCGAUACAACGAGUCUUUUGGUACACUGUCUUUCGCAAAUAGCUCGCUGGAUGCGCUCAACGGCGUACUUGACCAUUUCGGUGCGGAGCACGUUUGCACGAAGACGAAAAGGGGGACGCCCGUCGGUUUCAGCCUCCAAGAUCUGUCCGAGUCGUCGUUACUUGUUCAAGAACUACGCGCGCUAGCUUUAGGCAGCAGAAAACUCAGGCGUAUGAACUUCACCUCCAGUAUCAAGCGAGAACCCCAAGACUAUGUGGACGGUGUAAAGACUCAAGACAUCGGCUGCGGUAUCGCACAGGCCCUCUUUCCGCUUUGCAAGCGGCAGAAAACGAACAUUGACUGGAUAGUGCUCAACAACAUCCAACUCGGAGAGGCGGACCUUGAUUAUCUUGUCGGAGCGGCGGUCGAAAGAUCUUGCCACUUUCGCGCAAUAGAGCUGAGCAACUGUGGGCUCAAUGACCGAAACCUCUCACUCUUCCUCGACGCUUUGCGCGCCCACGAGGGUACUCUGGAGUGCAUUGACGUUUCCAAAAACCCAGCGCGACUGAGCCCGUCGCAGUUUGACUUUCAACUAAGCCAUUUUGGGUCUCUGUGCAAGCUGAAUCUCUCCAACAUCUCUCGUACCUCCGGUCCUGAACCGCUAGUUGCUGCGGAGACACUGCUUAAGUGGAGAUUACGGGAGUUUUACCUGAAUGGAACCGCGAUCAACGAGGGAACUCUCGAUGCGAUCUGUCGAUAUCUCAGUGACUGCAAGUCUGGUAGCUUGCGCGAACUAGGUCUUCGUCAUACAUAUAUCGACGGCGCAGCCAUCGCCCGUGUAAUGCGCGCGCUCAGACACAAGGACGGCACGCCACGUAACCUCCACCUCGAUAUCAGCCAAAAUCGAAUCGAGCAACAUCUCGACGCCCUGACUGCUGCUAUUGCGGAUGAUUGUGCACCACAGGCGCUUACGAUGCAGACAGUGGAAUACGAAGAUGAAGCCUGCUUUCGCCAGCUCGUUAAAGCCUUGACUGUUAACACCACCAUUUCUUACUUGGACAUGUCCAAAGCAUCACUCCCAUGUGAGCUUACUGAUGAGACAUCCGCUGCGCUUGAGGAGAUGUUCAAGAAGAACAAGACCAUAAGAAGACUGGAUAUCUCAGGAGAGGACUCUAGACUUGAGGAGUCCAAACUUGGUGUGGGAAUCAGUCAAGCUUUGCGCGGCCUUGAAGAGAAUGAAUCCCUUACCACCCUGAUCAUCCAGCACCAAAAGCUGGGCCUACAAGGCGCCAGCGUCCUCGCCGACGUCCUGCGCGCCAACCUCACGCUCCAAGAAGUAUACUGCGACUACAACGCAAUCCCCCUCUCCGGCUUCACCAACCUCGUCGCCUCCCUCCAUCGAAACAUCACCCUCCAACACCUCCCCAACAUGUCCGAAAGCCGCACCGAAGCGCUCAGAAAGACCGAGCAAGAAGUACGCGCCAUGCGAGACGACCGCGUCGGCAGCCCACAGCCCAAAUCCGUGCGGACCAAGUUCCUCGGCAAGCAUCCCAAAGAGCGACCCUCUUCCCAAUUGUCCGACCAAGACAUCAACGCAGCGCUGCGCCUCGUAGACGAGAGCUGGGAGCGCCAGACCUACCUCCUAGAACAAUACCUCACACGCAACCAGCGCAUCGCCAACGGGCUGGACGUGGAUGUCGACAUCGACCAGGAGGAGUUCGAGAAGCCGCAAUCGGACGGGCCGACACGCCUCAGCCAGAUCAUGGAGCAGGUCAAGCUAGACAGCACGCCGACGGCGGAGAAGGAGCUGAGUUUCACGGAGGAGAGAGGGGGGAGAAGUGGGAGUACGAGCUUGGAGGGCCCGCAAAGGUUGGUCGUGCUGGAGGAGGAUAGGAGACCGCCUACUGCGGAACGCAGGCCAGAGACGGCGGAGAAGAGGAGUAGCAGCGCGCAGGCGCUUGCGAGGCAGAUGGAUCAGAUUUUUGGGGGACCGCAGCAGCGAUAA